CUCCAGCGGGAAGACAGAGACCGCGACGCGCCCGGCCAGCGCGCUGGGGCGAGAGGAAAGGAGGACAGCCCCUACGCAGUGCCUCCGCAAGUGCAAGUCCAGGUCCCCGAGGUGGGACCCGGGCGACCCGACCCGCACCAUUCGCUCCGGUCGCCCCGGCUGAGGAGCGCGCGGGGACGACGGGCCCAGGCAGGAUCCCGGAUGGCAUGUUGACUCCCCAAGGAUGUGGGCAGGGUGCUAGACCUUGUGAGAGCAGAAAGUCUGGACUGCCAGCUCAGAGUGCUCAGACCCCCAAAAUUCCCACGCACCACUCCACCUGCAAGCUUCACCAUGGCAGCCCAGAAUGGAAACACUAGUUUUGCACCCAACUUCAAUCCACCCCAAGACCAUGCCUCCUCCCUCCCCUUCAACUUCAGUUAUGGUGAUUACGACCUCCCUCUGGAUGAAGAUGAGGACAUGACCAAGACUCGGACCUUCUUCGCAGCCAAGAUCGUCAUCGGGGUGGCACUGGCAGGCAUCAUGCUUGUUUGCGGCAUUGGCAACUUUGUCUUCAUUGCUGCUCUUGCCCGCUAUAAGAAGCUGCGCAACCUCACCAACCUGCUCAUUGCUAACCUGGCCAUCUCUGACUUCCUGGUGGCCAUCAUCUGCUGCCCCUUCGAGAUGGACUACUAUGUGGUGCGCCAGCUCUCUUGGGAGCAUGGCCACGUGCUCUGUGCCUCCGUCAACUACCUGCGUACAGUCUCACUCUACGUCUCCACCAAUGCCCUGCUGGCCAUUGCUAUCGACAGGUAUCUUGCUAUCGUUCACCCUUUGAAACCACGGAUGAAUUAUCAAACGGCCUCCUUCCUGAUCGCUUUGGUCUGGAUGGUGUCCAUUCUCAUCGCCAUCCCAUCUGCCUACUUUGCAACAGAAACUGUCCUCUUUAUCGUCAAAAGCCAGGAAAAGAUCUUCUGUGGCCAGAUCUGGCCAGUGGACCAGCAGCUCUACUAUAAGUCCUACUUCCUCUUCAUCUUCGGCAUCGAGUUCGUGGGCCCGGUGGUCACCAUGACCCUGUGCUACGCCAGGAUCUCGCGGGAGCUGUGGUUCAAGGCGGUCCCUGGUUUCCAGACCGAGCAGAUCCGGAAGCGGCUGCGCUGCCGCCGGAAGACGGUUCUGGUGCUCAUGUGCAUCCUCACGGCCUACGUGCUGUGCUGGGCGCCUUUCUAUGGCUUCACCAUCGUGCGCGACUUCUUCCCCACUGUGUUCGUGAAGGAGAAGCACUACCUCACCGCCUUCUACAUCGUAGAGUGCAUCGCCAUGAGCAACAGCAUGAUCAACACCGUGUGCUUUGUCACGGUCAAGAACAACACCAUGAAGUACUUCAAGAAGAUGAUGCUGCUCCACUGGCGUCCCUCCCACCACGGGAGCAAGUCCAGUGCUGACCUUGACCUCAAAACCAGCGGCAUGCCAGCCACCGAAGAGGUGGACUGUAUCAGGCUGAAGUGACUCAUUGGUAUUUCACGAUUGAAAAUCCAAAAGCCGGUACUCAGAGCACAGUUCACCAGUAACCAGGUUCACAGUCUGCAUGGAGAAAGGGCAAGUGUGUUCACACCUCACUGCCCCGAGGAGCUGGAUGCUUCUUGGUCAUAACGUACAGUGAGACUAGACACAAACCACAGCAGCUGACAUUUACUGAUAUCUGCUCAACAUCUACUGUGUGCAAGCCACACCAAUGAGAUUAGACACGGGCAACAGGAGCUGACAUUUACUGAUAACCUACUGUGUGCAAAAAUAUUAAAAUAACAAAACAAAAUGGCAGAAGGUAUUAGAGUCACCAAGCUAUAUCCAGAUGUAUAGAUGGUAAGAGAGAGGUCACAAAUGGUAUCUGGACUCAUUCUCCAUCUUCCCAUGUUCUGUAUCUCAUCAGUGCAGGAAUGUCAGCAGGCUAUAGAACAAGGCAGUCAGACACAAUGGAAUAGUAAGGAUAAGUUCAUCAGAGUGUAGGCUUUAUAGCCUCAUGGCAAGAGAGUUCAUGCCAUCACAUUGAGCUUUCCCACCUAGCUCCUACUACCUCCCUAGGACAUUCUCUAUGAUUCUGGCUGCCAGAAAAGAAUUUUUUUUUCAUACCAGGUCAUUGGUUAUCUAUAAUGGAGUCAUUUCAAAGGAAAGAACCAAAAGAUCUCUUUUCUACUGAUGCUUGAAAGCUCAUCAUUCUUUUGGGUGAAGACAGACAAUCCUGAAAUGAGGAACGCAUCCAGUUCCUGACACCUUAAUGUAAAGGAUUUCAGGGGCUCUAGUGUCAGGGAGGGCAGAGACAGAAAAAGGGAUGGAGCUCACCAAUGGCUAUGAACAUAAUCUGUGUGGCCAUUUUGCUAAGACCUGGACCACUUUUCUAGAACACGCCCUCUUUUGCAAAGAUGAGUUUUACUUGAAAUCCAAAGACCUUGGUGUAAAUCCUAACUCUCAGAUUCAUGUGACCUAGAUGUUUACUCCCUCUGCACCUCAGUUUUGCUUCAGUGAAAUAGGGUGAUGAAAAUACCUUCUCUGCCUACUUUACAAGACUGUUGCGAGAGUCCAUUGAGGUCAUAGUUUAUGAAAGUGUUUUCAAGUAUACAAGUGAUAAGAAUGGAUAAGUGAUACUGAACACUAUUUGGACAAAGGAAAUGCCAUCCACUGUGUCUUAUUAUGGAAAAACACUCCCACUUUUUCAUUCUUGUUCUUUGGACCAGAGACCCCUGAACUCUUCACAGUGCAACCCAUCUACACUGAUGCAAAAAAGGAAUCCCUGCCCUGGGUUAUAUCAGAAAGAUAUAACUUAGAGUCUCAGUGACCCCUCCAGACUUUCAGCAUCCCUGUGGUCCUAGAAGUAUUGACAGUCUUUCCUGCAGGUUGCCAAACAGCACACCGCAGGCCUGCAUAAAUCUGUUUGUGUUGUUAUACAUCUGUGGUGAUUGUGUAUAUUUGUCCUCAUUUCUUCCUGAUUCAUUUUGAAGCAGAGACUAUGCAAAUGGUACCUGGUUUGGGAUUGACCCAAAAGACUCACAUUUGGAUAAUCCUACUUUUCUAUAGAGAAGGGAUUGUUUAAUUGUUUGCUUGUGUGGAUGUGUGUGUGUCUUAAAUUAAUUGUUGGUUUGUUUAUCCAACGGUGAAGUGUCAGCCAACAACCACCCAGCAGCCUCACCUUCAGCCCACUCAUUGUACCCUCAGAAAAUGCAAACUCCCUUUAAUAUCAGCCUAAGCCAAAUGGUUUGUAAAUUCUGAGUUGACAAAAUUACACAAUGUAUUCUAAAGCCAAGGAAGUAAGUAUUUGGGGUUAUCUGCAUUUUAACAAAUAUAAUAACUGUAUUUUUAUUUA